AUGUCCGAUCCAUCGCACCCUUCUGCGCCUGCUGCAGAGCAGCGCGUAGACUCCUCAUCUGCACCUGAGUCGCCGCACGCCCCGUCCGAAGCUCAAGCUGAGUUUCCAACAGAGAAAGAACAGCUCGAAACCGAGGGACAAGAAACCCAAGGAAAACAAGCGGAGGAAGCCGAAGAAGAAGAUACAGCCGCACCGCCUUUGCCCGACGAGAUCCCUCCACCACUGCCCGAUGAAGCACCCCCAGGCCCGGUGGAUGACGAUGGAUGGGAGCCUGUGUGGGACGCCAAUGCCAACGCAUUCUAUUUCUACAACCGCUUCACCGGACUUUCUCAGUGGGACAACCCUCGCGUGCCCACCGCCGCCGCACCAGGCACCGAAGAGAUCACCACCGAAGAACCCCCGAAGAAGAAAGCUCCUGUGCUUGGUGGUUACAACCCCGCCAUCCACGGCGACUACGACCCAACCGCACCAUAUGCACAGCUGUACGAAGAGCAAGCAGAAGACGUAAACGGCGCGGCGAUCGAUCCGGCAGCCGCGUACGCCGCCACCGGUACCUUCAACCGGUUUACGGGGCGCUGGCAAGCAGACUCGAUCAACCCGGAGAAUCACAACGACGAGAACAAAUCACGGCGACAGUUGAACGCUUUCUUUGACGUCGAUGCCGCGGCUAAUGCUCAUGAUGGUCGGAGUCUCCGGGCCGAGCGCAGCGCCAAGAAGCUCACCAAGAAGGAACUGAAGAUGUUCAAAGAGAAGCGCCGGGAGAAGAAAGAGGAGAAGCGGAGGGCAUGGUUGCGGGAUUGA